AAAUACCUGCGCAUAAUUUUCUGCCCCUGCGCUACUAUAUCAUGAUUGGAGAGAUGGGGGUUGACUGGCGCUGAGAUCGCCCUAUUGUCGGCUAGCCAUGUGCUGCGUUUAGCCCGUGCUACCACUUUUAACCCUGCAGUUAUGUGUGCGACACCGGGCGACUGUGGAGUCUGCGGACACCGUGCAUCUCCAGAAGAGCUGAGUUAGGAUGCUGCGGCAUGCGGAUAGAUCGGUGUAGAUUUAGCACAUCAACAGCUUUAGGUAAUAGGAUGACGACGUCGCAAACUCUUGCAAAGAAUUAUUGAGCAUGCGGCAAAAGUAUAACUUCCAGUGCUUUUAAGGAGGCAUCUAAACAUUCAGCAGUUCGGCAUUUGAAUAAAAUGUUUUGGUGGCUGUUUUGACAUUAAGAGAAACCAACGUUUGUGUGUCUGUUACUACACAUCGUGCAUGAAUUUCCCGUGAGCGACAAUACAGUUCUAGGAUUUCGUUAUCUGGAUGUGGGAUACGUAAGGACUUAAAAGUAAGUCCUUGGGAUGGGUGGGGUCGUCUAUGCAGCAAAAGAGUGCGGGAGGGGGGCGAGGCAGCGGACGAGGUGCGGGGAAGUGCGAAUCUUCGGAUGGUGGGUCAUCAGAUAGGCUACGAAAAGCAAGAAAUAAAUUGAGAGCUUAAAAUACCCAAGCAGGAUAUCGUUCCACCCAUUUUCCCCCUCUCAUCCUCUGAAUAUGUUGAAGGCCCUGGCAGGAAUCUGCUUGCUUCAUCUGACUACAAUAUUCUUCCUCUUUUGGGCAACUAUAGAUGAUGCAUGGUGGUUCACAAGGACCCUUUACACAGACCUGUGGGGCAGAUGGGUGAUGGAGAACAAUGAUGAUGUCUGGGUGUACAUGGAUAUACCAACCUCAUACAGGAAAGACUAUCUGCAGGCGGUUCAGGCAUUUGCGGUGCUGUCCUGCCUGUUUGCUGUGUUCUCUCUGUGCGUGUUCAUAUUCCAACUCUUUACUCUGGGUAAAGGAAAGCGGUUCACCAUCUCUGGAGUUGUGCAGCUCAUCUCCUGUUUCUGCAUAAUGGUGGCUCUGUCAGUCUACACCGAUCACUUUCACAGAGGUGAGAAGGAUGGCUGGUAUGGCUGGUCCUACAUCAUGGCCUGGUUUGGCUGGCUGCUGACCCUAUUCACAGGAAUUAUGUACAUCGUUCUGCGCAAGAGAGUAGAGUAAACUUUAACCCUCGCUCUCAGUGCUAAUGUACAGCCUUGAAUAUUCCUUUCUUUUGUCAUGCAAACUUUACUAUGGACUAUGACUAAUGGUACUACUUCAAAGUGUAGGUGCAGUACUUGAAAAUUAAUGAGCUGUCUUGAAUGUUACAGACCUUUGUUGGAAAUGUAGAAAUGUGCACAACAAAUCAUAGCAUCAGCAGUUCAUUUAAACUUUUGAGCAAGUUCAAAAUAUGUGAAAGUCUUGACUCAGCAUUUCAGGAAAAAUUGGCCCGAGAUGUUUCCUAAACAAGAGAGAAAUGUUUUUUUUUUUGCAUUUUUAUUUAGAGUAUUGCUAUAAAUUGGUUUGAUUGGCCAUCUUCCCUCAUUCCACAAAGCACUGAGGGCAGUUAGAGGGUCUGAACAAACUUUAUUGCAAGGGUUAGUGUGUAAAGAUGGCAAAGAUUAUAUGAAAAUACAGUAUAUGCAAGAAUGAAUUGUACAAAAUGUAUUUAUAACAUGUAUAAAGAAGAAAAAAACUAAGUUGUACAUAUAAAGUACAUACAGAAGAAUAUAUGUUAUAAAAGUGUAGUUUUAAACAUCACUUGCACUUUAAGAAUUAGCUGUCCUAAACAAGUUUAUUUUAUUUAACAUUUUCUUUCAAUUUUGUUGUAGAUGGCGAUAGCACAGGAUAUUCUCUACUGUAGGUCAAGAUAAGGGUCAAAACUUUGUUACUGCGAUACAUUAUGGUGCUGUUCAGUUUGUGAUCAUUCACUUGGUCAUGUAGGCUUUUUUGUACAAACACUCUGCCCUCAUAUUUACUGAACUAUUUCUGUGUGGUUUUCUUGAUAAUGACAUCAUGGGUCCUGUUGCUAUGCCAGCUAUUUUGAUUAGCAUGAUUAAUGUUCAUGUGGUCAGAUGAUCAUCCUGUAAGAUUCUAAUUCUAGAGCACAGAAUGUUCCAAAAGAUGCUUUUUUUUUUUUUGCCAAAAUGUACUCAUUUUUAUGGGAUUAUUCAAUUUCCUCUCAAGGAUGAAGCUCCUUGUCUGAGUUAUCCAGUUUUGCUUUGUUUGGUUUCAGUCAGUUCUAGAUGUAUUUUUAUUUCACAGAAUGUAUUUUAUUUUUUCCAUUGCAAAGCCAAACAGUGUAAACCAGGGAGGACAUUAAUUUUAGUAAAUCACACAAAUAAAAACCUUGCCAUAAGAA